UUUUGAUUUCGCGCGCGCACCCGCGUUUCGUUCGAGUACGUUGUUUUGUAGCUCCGCAUCUCUGAAGUGACGGUCGAUCAAAGCUAUUACUAUUGUGCUGGGUGCGGUUGGCGUGCGUUCGAGUGAUACAAUUUAUUCAUUCUACUAUAGAUUCGUAGAGAUCAACGGUGUGCUAGCCCUGAGGCUAAAGAAGAUAAGCAUUCCUAUAAUGAGGUUGUCAUCGUCGUCAUCAUCAGCAGGGUUUUACUCGCUGGUGAAACGGAACCCAGUAGCCUCAAUUGUUGUGUCGGUCUGCGUCUGUAUGCUGCUUCCCCUGGUCGCUGGAGUCAGAGAACCGGAAAUUGAUCUCAAAACUGCUAAUCAUGGCCAAGACCUAGCUCACGGUGUUUCUAUGGAUGCAAAAUAUGCUCGUAUCGCUACAUCUUCAGGACAGCACGAUUCAGCUCACUCAAGAAAAAACAAACCGAAUAAAUCAUCCUUGAAAAAGUACGUCGAAGACAGCUCGGUUGAUCAACAUGGGAAGGAGAAGAAAUCAAUCUACGAUAAAAAAUAUUUCGAUUAUAUACCGGCGGAGCUAAAAGACCCACUCGACGCUCCAACCGACGUGAGUUUAGCAAAACGAACCAAUUGUAGACGGUUCCGUAGGGAUGCUGACGGAGUAGAGCUGCGAACGAAACGAAAUGGACCUUGGCCCCCAUACUCAGAAAGGGGCUAUUCUUACCAAGUACCGAUGAUCUAUCCUGGCAGCAUGUAUCUUCAUUAUGAUCCGAACAAUAAUUAUAGGCCACAUUUGAACAACCAGUAUUUACCUCCGGUUGUGUUCACUCCAGUUCCACAACAACCAGAUAGAACCUAUCUACCUCCGGUUACACAAAGGCCACAACCCACCGAGCCCCCAGGUAUGUUUGAUCCUGGCAACCGAAUUGGUGAUUCAGGUCCAAAUGUGUUUGCAUUCGACACUUUAUACGAUCCAAAUGUGGAAACUGAUUAUCGUCUGAUACCCGGACGGCGCCCUUCAACUGGAAACGAUGAGAAUCAAGUCACAAACAAUGUUAUGGGACGCCCAAUAACAACGGUUCGUCCUCUGCCUCCUAGAACGCCGAGCACUGCUUCCACCAUCACCACCACCACUCCACGGUCUGUGAUUCAGCACAACAGUGACGAUGACUUCGAUUGGUCCACCCUGGGCCUUUCUCCUGACGCAGCAGUUGGAUCGCGACUAGGUGUCGAUGGUGGUGGAAUCAACGACAACACUCUUAAUUCCAUGCGAAGAGAGCCUUCAAAAUGCACUUGGGCUAUUGCUAACUGUUGCAGUCAGUUUUCGGACAAAAUUCGCUACUAUUGUUUUGAACAAAACCAGUGCUUUGGUGCUUUCUGGGGUGACAAUGUGUGUCGAGGUUACUACAGGCUGGCACUGGCUGAAAUUGAAAACUACUACAACGUUUGAUCGAGUACUCAUUACUUCUUUAUAACUUCAUAGGAAUCACUGUAUUUUAAAUCUCAUACAACAAUAUUGUAUUAUAGCUUCUGCAGAAACUUAUACCGUAUACUUUUAUAAUGAAUGAAAGCAAUAAAACUAUCGACCCAUCAAA